GAGAAAGAGCAAGUAGAAUGGAGCGUGACAGAAAUUAGAGAGAAAGAGUAGAAUGUAGAGAGAGAACGAGUAUAGAUUUAUGACUUCAAUGGCCACCAUUGAUGAUUACUUUGGUCCGAAAAGACGCGGUGUUGCAAACGCUCGUGUUGUCACUGGUAAAGAGAUCACUCAAAUUCACCUCUCCGUCAAGUUAGGUAAAGACCGCCUCUCUAAUUUUCUCCCAAAUAAGCUCAUGGAGAAGAUCCUGUUGCUAUUACCAGUGAAGAGCAUUCUCUGCUUUCAAUCUAUAUCAAAUCUCUGGAAUCGUUUCUUAUCCUCUCCUUUGUUUGCUCGAAUUCACCCUCUCUCGAGCUCAUCUGCACUAUCCAAUCCCUUUACUUUCUUUCUCUCUUCUGAUGAUUAUGUAAUGUCUCUUCACGACAUCGACAAUGAGUUAUCGUGUUGUGAGACUAAGAUCCGAGCAUCCAUGGAUGCUUCUAAUCAUCCAUUGAAGCCUGGGUUGUCAGAUCAUGGUCAACAAUGGCGUCCUAUGCAUUUUUAAUGUUGAAGACAACUGUGGGGUUACAGUGAUCAAUGUCUUCCGCUAACCCUGCAACUGGUCAAUUCACAACUAUCCCAUACUUUCCUGAUCAAUUCAUGAAGAAGUUCGUGGUCGAUGCUCUUUUCGGGUUUCAUUUUGACCCUGAAAGUCGAGAUUUCAAGAUAAUGGUGGGGAUUUGCAGUGAUGACUGCUUCAACAUCUUUGUAGAAAAUGGAGUAUUUGAUUCAUCAAAGGGAGAAUGGAGAAAGCCUUGGGCUCGAAACAGUAUUUCUAAUGCCUUGGGAUACUGGUCCGACAUGGUGUCUAUUGGUUAUAUUUGUUAUUACAUAUCUGAAUAUAGCAAUGAUUUGGUGGGUUUAGACAUGAAAACAGAGAAAGUGGAGAUCCAAUUGCCUAUGCCAAAGGUCAAGGGAGACAAACAUACAGUCAAAAUCUUUGAAAAGGAGGAUCGACUCUAUGUCACAAAAAUGGAUAAAGGCUCAACUGUGAAGGUGUGGAUUCUCACCGAAAAGAAGUGGAUGGAAAUUGUUAGUGUAUAUAUGAAGAAAUUCAAUAGCUACUCUUUCUGGUCUUGCCUUGUGCUUUGGCUUGGAGAUGCAUUGAUGUUUUGCAAGGGCAUCGAGAUAUUGAAAUAUGAUACAAAGAGUGGGAUGCUACACAAAUCUAAAAUUAGUGGCGGAGAUAAUUUCAUCACUUAUAAGCUGAUCCUGCACACUUGGGAUUAUGAAGGCUGCCAAAAUGACCACUUUGCAGCUUAUAAGCCUACUUUCUAUUCUGAGAUGAGUGAAGAUGAUCAUUGACAGCUUAGGGUAAUUGCGGUUUCAUUUUGAGUGCUCGUCAGGAUCAACU